AUGAGUCUGUCGAGGCGGGUGCUGGACCCGAACCGUCGGCGCGUCGAUCUAAGCGAUCAGCGCGGUGGCCUCACCGCCGGAGUCCUGGAGUCCCUGCGGACGUUCCUCCGCUACAACGAUCGCUACGUCCACCUCUGCGUAUCUGACAACGUGCUCGGUAGCGCGGCGAUCGCGGGGCUUUGCGCGCUCAUUAAACAACAUCCGCACCUGACCGCACUUGAGGCGCAGCACUGUGGUCUCCUGGACAAAGACUUUCGCUUCUACGUCGGGCCUGCCAUCUUGACCAUGACGCACCUGACCUUUGUGGACUUGAGCCGCAACUGCGGACUGACGGACGUGAGUGCGGAGACGCUUGCGCGCAUUCUUGUCGAAACAGAUGUGGAGACGGUGCGGCUAUUCGGAACGUCAUUGACCGAACGUGGGGGCCGAGUAAUCGCGACGGCGGCGGCCAACACGACUACACUUGUCAGCUGCGAGCUGCCCUUCACGGUCGGCAGUGCCGUCUUGGAAGAUAUCGAGGUCUGCACGCGCCGCAACCGAGCUCAUCGCGCCAUACUCCAAAAUGCCUCGGUGCAUUACACGCGUCUUCAGGUGAGGCGAAGUCGAUGGCCUUGCUCGCCAGCGCUCAAGCACAUGGAGGCGAAUCCGGUGGUUGCGAUAGAUGAGCUGCCCUCGCUGGAGUCGAAGCCGGGUGCAUCUCCGCGGUCACCAGCCAUCGAUGUUGCUCCGAAAGUGUGUUAUACUGAGACAGACCGGCAAUGGCGUGCCUGCAUUCACAAAGGGCGGAAGAACGCACUGAUGCAUACGGAGACGCUGCUGCCACCGUCGUUGUUGUCCUCGGUGCCAUCAGCUCAGGUUCCCUCCUCUUCCGCAGCCGCCUCUGUUGCCACCACCAAGGUUGCUUCGACAGCGUUGACGCGGAGAGGUAAGGCCACACCCGACUCGCUGGACGAGGUGACGAUGUGGGACUGGGCAGACCCCGCCAUGUCCACUACUCUUCACUGCCUUUACCUUCUCGAUCGUCAGGCCCAGCUCGCGCCGAACCGGGCCGCCUCAGCGGUGGCCGCACCAAACAUACAUGGACUCUCGCAUACGGGGCCGUCAAAGAAGGCGACGGGCGGCACCGUGCGCCUGCCCUACCUUUGA